AUGGUUCACUUAGGUCCAAAAAAGCCACCUGCUAGAAAAGGUUCUAUGGCUGAUGUCCCACAAAAUCUAUUAGAUGAAAUUCACGAAUUAGAAAACUUAUUCAGUGUUUCUAACGAAAAAUUACAAGAAAUUACCAAGCACUUCAUCACUGAAUUAGAUAAAGGUCUAUCUAAGAAGGGUGGUAACAUUCCAAUGAUUCCAGGUUGGGUUAUGGAAUACCCAACUGGUACUGAAUCCGGUGAUUUCUUGGCCAUUGAUUUAGGUGGUACCAAUUUAAGAGUUGUCUUAAUCAAAUUAGGUGGUGACCGUACUUUCGAUUCCACUCAAUCCAAGUACAAAAUUCCAGAAGAAAUGAGAACUUCUCAAAACCGUGAUGAUAUCUUCGGUUUCAUUGCUGAAUCUUUGAAGGCUUUUGUCGAUGAACAGUUCCCACAAGGUGUUGACAAGCCACUACCAUUAGGUUUCACUUUCUCUUUCCCAGCUUCUCAAGAUAAAAUCAACCAAGGUGUUUUACAAAGAUGGACUAAAGGUUUCGACAUUCCAAACGUCGAAGGCCACGAUGUCGUUCCAUUAUUACAAGAACAAAUCGCUAAGAGAAACAUCCCAAUUGAUGUUGUUGCUUUAAUUAACGAUACUACCGGUACUUUGGUCGCUUCCUUAUACACUGAUGCUGACACUAAGAUGGGUGUUAUCUUCGGCACUGGUGUUAACGGUGCCUACUACGAUGUCGUUUCUGACAUUGAAAAGUUACAAGGUAGAUUAGCUGAUGAUAUUCCAAAUGACUCUCCAAUGGCAAUCAACUGUGAAUAUGGUUCUUUCGACAAUGAGCAUGUUGUUUUACCAAGAAAUAAGUUCGAUCUUGUCAUUGAUGAGGAAUCUCCAAGACCAGGUCAACAAGCUUUCGAAAAGAUGACUUCCGGUUAUUACUUAGGUGAAUUACUACGUUUAGCUUUACUUGAAUUACACGGUAAAGGAUUAAUUUUCCAAAACCAAGAUAUCUCUAAAUUAAAGCAAGCAUACGUCAUGGAUACCUCUUAUCCAUCUAGAAUUGAAGAAGAUCCAUUCGAAAACUUAGAAGACACUGAUGAAUUAUUACAAACAGAUUUAGGUAUCUCCACCUCCGUUCCAGAACGUAAGUUGAUUAGACAUUUAUGUGAAUUGAUUGGUACCAGAGCUGCUAGAUUGUCCGUCUGUGGUAUUGCUGCUAUCUGUCAAAAGAGAAACUACGCUUCUGGUAGUAUCGCUUGUGAUGGUUCUGUUUUCAACAGAUACCCAGGCUUCCAAGAAAAGGCUGCCCAAGCUUUAAGAGACAUUUACGGUUGGACCCCAGGGUCACCAGCUUCCUACCCAAUCAAGUUGCAUGCUGCUGAAGAUGGUUCUGGUGCUGGUGCUGCUAUUAUUGCUGCUUUAGCUCAAAAGAGAUUAGCUGCUGGUAAGUCUGUCGGUGUCAUUGGUGCCUAA